UUGAAGCGUAAGUUUUGAAUAUUUUUUCAGCAGUGGAAACGAAAAAAAAUAUAUGGUUUGAUAAAUAUAUAGUGCUAUGUAUUGAAGAGAAAAAAAAAUAGAUAGAAGACAGAUAAUCCAAAGUUUCGGUUGACAGACUUGCCUUUCAGAUAGAGAUAGAACGAUGUUCAAUGAAUCAGCAGAGAAACAGACAAAAUCUACAACUUUAACCAUUGUCGAAGAGGUCGGUUUUCAUAUUUCAUAUAUUUUUUGAUGUUAGUAUGGAAACUAUUCAGGAAGAACCAGCAAAGAAAAAUCGGCCACCUGAUUUGAGCGGAUUUACAAUUUUGGAUGAACGAUGGAAAGGAAGUAGUUCGGAAGAUUCGGAUGAUUCUUUGCCGGUUGGAAGUUAUAUAAGUACAGGUUAGUUUAUUGUUUCAAGGGCAGGGUUUUUUUGAGUCACGAUGAAGAUUUAGGAAUGAGCUUUUGAAAUAUUCCAAUUUUUCCUUUAAAAAAUUUAUCAAACUUAUGUUAGGCUCUCGAAAAAUUCAAAAAUUGUUAGUUAAUGGUUAGUUUCUCUUGAAAAUUUUAAUCAAAUUUUAUACCUUAUGGGAGAGAAUGAAUACUUCAAUGAGUAACACAAAUCUGUAGUUUCUAGCCCAACUAUACCACAAAAACGCAACAAUUCUGAACAGAAGUAGGUCAAAGGGAUAUUGAACAUCAUAUUUUUAAUCUCUAAAUUUGUUCAUGUGAAUUUGAACUCAAUAUGAAUGAUGUUAGAUUAUAAGAAGGGUGAUUUAUCUUUUUUGAAUGAGAGUUAUUAUUUUUAUCUUAGCUCUUGGGAAAUAAGAACUAUAAGACAUCUGAACUUUUUCCAGUCGUUCAAUUUGAUUUUUAAAUUUAGCUUUUUUCGUUUUCUUGAAAACAUGUUUUUUUUCGAAGAUGUGAAAUAUGUGUAAAUCUAAAAAAAUGAAAAUAAAACUUUCAUUUUACGUUCUUGAUUAUAUUAUGAGCUUUCCUAAUCAUACUGGAACAUCAAUGAUCCCACAUAUUCCAAAAAUAAACUUUCAUAACGUCUUGACUUUUUGAUCUGGUUCAUCUUUAGAUACUCAAAAAACCAUUUUUCACACAUGAAAGUUUUAUAAACUAUAAUUUAUACACAUCAAAAACCUCGCAAAAAUAUUCAUAAAUGAUUCGAGCUUUUUAUCCAGAUAUAUGAUAUUUUUCUAGAACAAAAAAGCGUUUUUUCCAUUGUUUUUUUUUCCGGAAGCGCAUUUUAUUCUGUAAAAACCAAAGUUUUUGAGCCUUUUUGUGAUUUAUCCGUCAUCCUAAAAUUUUCCUGCGAAGACAAUUUUUAGUUUUUUUCUUUUUAUUUCUUAUCAGAAAGUCUCUGGUGUGAGAAAAAUCUAGACUUCAAAAAUGUUUUUGUGUAAAAAUUGGACCAUAUUCCCUGUUACUUUUAUAAUUUUUUCGAAAAAAAUCCAAAAAUAAACCAAUUUAAUUGGGAACACGUGCUGGAUAUGUAUUGCUUUUUGUAUGUGUUUUUUUGCUUUUAUUCCCCUCAAAAAAGCAAAGCACAUCUGUUUUUUAAUAUAUACAAUACCUCCGUUCUAAACAUUUUUCCAUUCCUAAAAAUCAAUUUUCCGGUGGGCGAAAACAAGUUUUCUUUUUUAUUUAUUGCGAUUUUUCCUAAUUUUUUGAAGUGAAACAUCAAUUUUGUCAGUAAGUUUUCUAUAAUGAGGUAGAGUUAAUAUUUUUUAAUGCGAAAAAAUGUUUUUGGUUGAAUUUUUCUUUCUUGAUUUUUACAUUGUGUAAUUUACUCCCCAAACCGUCAGGCCUCAAAACUUUUUCCGGUAGAUCAAACAAUUUGUCUUCGAAUCUUCUAUUUUCUAGCUUCAACCACAUCCGCAAAAUUUUGUUAGGUCUCCAAAAAUGCGGGAUGUUUUUCAGGUAGUGAAUUAAACUGUGUUUUUCUACAGCGAGCGAGUAACAAAGCUUAUCACAUUAUUAAUAGGAAAAUAAUUUUUUCAUUUUCAAAAACAAAAAAAAACAAAAAAAAAUAUAGAAAAUGGUUUAUCGGGAUAAUCCAGAUCCCCAAUUUACUCUAAAAAAAAUACAAAACAUAAUAAUAUUUACCCGGUUGAUAUAUAGAUACUAAAUAAACAUCUAUAUGUUUUUUUGGCUGAAUUUUUCUAGCUUCAUUAUUCCUCACCCCUCCCUUGUUUUCUUUUUUAAGUGUUGUUGUUUUUGUUUUUUCCCCUUUCUUUCUAAACAAAGUUAUUUUUACUGUUUCAAAAAAAAACAUGUGGUCUUUUUGGUAAAUAAAAAUACAUCAUUGCUAAAAAAGAAAGUGAAACAGCAAAAAAAUAGAAAAUAAAUAAAGCGAGUCGCAAAAAAACCGUUUAAACAUGAAGAGACAAGAAGAUUAGACGUUUUUUUGUAUUGUUUGGGGUUGAUUUAGGUCGGUCAAAAAUUAUUUCUAAAUGUUAGGUCUAGGAUUAAAUUUUUCUGGAGGCGAAGGCGGUUUCAGUCAAAAAAGAAUUGUUUUUGUUGUGUCAAAAAUAUUUAUAUAUGUGCACUUUUUUGCGAUUCUCUUUGUUCUAUUGACUUGCACUUGUUGAAGCAUAGCAUGUUCUUUUAUUUUAUUUUUCGCGUUUUUUUCACUCUGUCGAAAAAAUCGUUCAAAACAAUUCGAAAAGAUAGUGUUAUCAGAAGGCUUUUUAAAAAUCAUACCAAAUCAUUUUUCCUGUAAAGAGGAAACUUUAUUUGACAUUACUUACUAGAAUAAACAUUAAUUCAUAAAAAAUAGUUUCUUUCUUUCAGUAAAAACGUUUUGUUUAUUUUUUUCCAAUGAAUCACAAGUUUUCAACUUUUUUGUGAUGUGUAAAACAGCUGAUAAGAAAAACUACUUUAUUUUGUGUCAUUAUUUUUAUUAUUUUUUUCAUAAAAAAGUGAGUUAAUCGUUCUGGAUUUUGAUUAUUGCAGGCGAAACUCCAGGUCGAUUUUGUAAAUCGGUUGAUUUUCGUCAACUUCAAGAGCAACGUCGACAACAGCAUCUUCAGCAACAACAAAUUCAACAGAAACCACCGGUUCCUGUUUCAGUUCCAACGACACCGAUUCGAAAAACUAAUCCACCGAUCCCGCCAUCUACACCAUCUGCUACACCAAUGGCGAGCGGUGGAUCACGAUUCAAGGUUAGUUUUUUUAAAGACGUUUUUUUCGAAUUCACUAUUUAAAAAAAUUUUGCUUCUUCUUUAACUCAAACGUGAUAUUUAUUCUUUUUUAUUGAGUGUUAAAAAAAUUUUCGUCUUGAAAAAUUCAUGUGACUCGUACUAAACAACUUUCUCUUUUUUCAAUCCAUCCAUUUUUGCUCUUUUUUCACGAUAAGACAAGAAUGUUGACCCGAUAAUACUUAGUUGAUCUGUAGUAUGGAAAAAUCAGAAACUGAUUAAAAAUUGGGGAAAGACCAUGGCAAUUUUUUGAAUUAAUUCGAAUAAAUUUGGCCUUUUACAUUUUUCAGAAGUUCAAAGAAUGUUCGUUCAAGUGUAAACAAAUAGUGUUAAUGAUGUUGAUUCAGAAAAUUAGUGCAGUUGUUCAUGUAAUACCAGAUAUAAUUUUUUUCUGAUUUUGAAAACGCAACAAAGAUUUUCAAUUGCGAACGAAAAAUCAUGACAGUUUUGAAAAGAGUUUGGAAGAAAUUGUCUAGACAACAUUUCCGUUGAAAAAUAAAUAUUUACUUUUGUUUCCAUAAUUUUCAAAUACAACUUGAGGAUCAGAAGUUCAUGAUUGGAUAUGACAUUUUUAUCCACGUUUUUUGUAAAUCAAAAAUCUUGUUUUUUUGGGUUUUCGAAGAGAGUCAUAAGCCCUGUUUUUUGUUAUAAUCCUUUUUCUUGAAACUCGUAUUUUUCUGAAAAACAUCAUUUUUCAAAAUAGAGCCACAGAAAAUCCGUAUUUAGUGAAAAGAAAGAACUUGAAUUUCAAAAUGCCGUGUAACUGGAAAAUCUUGGGAGAUUGAAUAAGUUACUUAUUCAACAAUUGAUUUUCAAACAUUCUUCAUAAUGAUUUGUUCAAAAUCAGCCACAGAAAAUCGGUUUUACAUAAUGGUUCAAAAUUGAGACUCUAUUCUAAAAACAACUUGACAAAAUUUAUCUUUGUGUUUUUCAGAUAGUCCCAGUGGAAACUCGGUAUAAAAGAAAUCGUUGGGCCUGUUAUGAUUAUUAUGAUCACAGAGACCCAUUCUUCACCCGCGUGCCCAAACAUGCCUGCCCACCGCCCGUCAUUCCGCCACCAGCUGCCGCCGCCGUCGCCGCUGCUCUUAAAAGUAAGUAAUAGUUUCAGGUCUCACAUCAGAUAUCAAAAAUUCUGAAAUAGAAGAAGAAAUUGUGAAUCGGAGUAGUCGAAGUUUGUCCGAUAUUCAUCCAGUGCCAUCUGCUACUGUUCAACAAAAAAUGUCACUUCAACAACCACCACUUCCGAAACCAGUUUAUAUUUUACCAAAGGUUUGUUUUUUCAUUUUUUUAUGAUGCUUUUCUGUUUUCUUUGACAACAACUUCUCGAAUUAAUUAGAAUUUUGUUUUGGUGGAAAAACAGAAAAAAACACGCAUUCUUCUCUGAAAACAUAUUUUAUUUUAACUCGUUGUUUUUCUUUGUAUUGUCAUGGUUAGUUUUAUUUUUUCAUUUUUGGGGGAAAACCAAAAAUUAUUUAUCAAAAGAUCUAGAAUUUCAAAAAAUUGAUAAAUAAACAAAAAUGAUAUUGAAUGUAAAAGAGAGCAAAGAAUACAUUAAUUGUGGGAGAAUUGGGGAAUUUCAAGAUGAGGUAGGAAUUUUCGAGCAGAUUUUGAAAUUUUGAUGUGAGAAAAAAGUAUAAUAAAGUGUUAUUGUGAAAAUUGAUUAGUUCCAAAGAUGAUCUAGUAAUUUUUCAACAUGUUUCACGAUUACUGUUUUAUUUGAAUAUUGAAAAAUAGUUUUACAUAAUUCUGGAUAGAAUAAAAAAAACGGUAAAUCGGAUUUUCAUAUAAAAAAAUUAGAGGAUAUAUUGUUCGCUUCAAGUUUUAUCACGAUAGAUAACAAAAUUUUUCGGCUGGAAAUUAAAUUUUGAUUUUAGUUUAGUUUUUUAAUUAAAAAAUUCUAAAUCAUGAAUUAACCAAGAGGUACAAAUUAUAGCUACAAAAGUAUACGCUGAUCUGACAGUGAUCACGGAACAAUUUUUUAUGCUCAAUUAAUUUCCAAGGUCCAGAUAUUUUUAUAUCAAAAUCACAAACAAUUCCCCAAUAGAAUUUUUCCAAAAACCAAAACCCCUAACAAAAUUUAUUAUGCUUUUACGAUUACCAUUAUCAAAUACCAUAAUAACAUUUUAUUUGUUUUUGAUUUUUUUAUGAAAUAUAACACGGAAUUGAUUGAUAUCAGUUAUACAGAAGCCAUAAAACUUUGUUCAAAAAUUGUCAUUAUUUUUUGCACUAGAAAAAACCCCCAAGUUUGCAGAACAAAUUCGUAACUUAUUUAUUUAUUUGUUUGUUCACAUGUUUCAUAUCAAAAAAAGCGAAGAAUGUUUUUGUACUCAAAAUCAACUGAUCUUUUCUCUCUCAAUUUGAAGCACGUGAACUUUUUUAUUGUUAUUUUAAAACAUAAAAAAGAGAUAGGGAAAUUCCUUCACAUGACCAAAUCGUUCGUAAUGUUGUUUUUCUGAUUUUUUUCUCAAAAUGAAGGCUAAAUAUAGAUAUAUAUGAAUUAUUUUUAGAUAUUGAAAACAUUCCGAGACACUUUGUUUGAAAAGGAAAAGUCCCUUGAAAUAAGUUUGAUAACAGAUGAAAUAUAAAAAAACAUGUGAGUUCAAAUAAUGAACAAACUGAUCCAUCAUUGAAAAUCACUAUUAAAUUAAUUGAUAUUGACAUUUGAGAAUCUAUCUGAAAAUAGUUUUUUUUAUAAAUAAAUAAAAUAUAUAUUUGAUUUGAUUUGAUAUAUUUUUAUUAAUUUCAGGUGACAACAACACCACAAAAAACUGCCUCAAAUAAUGUUCAUUCCCACACAAUUACCAAUGGAUCUCCGGCUCAAGGUAUAUAUGUGUGUACGAAAAAGUGUCAGAUGUUCUAACAUACGCAUGAUCAUAAAAAAUCAAACACCAAUGCUGUGUGUGAUAGAUUUUUCUCGAUUUUCGUGAAAAAUUGAAAUUGCGAAGAGGACAUGGUAUACGGUAUUUGGCAGAACUCCAGUUUAAAAGUUUAGACCUUGAAGAACUUUGUAAGGAAUAAAAACUGGUGUAGAUGCUCUGUGUUUUUGAAAACAAUGUUUAUUUUGUUACAUGAAGAGUACUGUAGAUUCUGUUUCUUCAUUAAAAUGGGAAAAAAUGUAUAUAUUCAUGAUAAUCCAGUUUUUAUAAUUUUUUGGGAUAUGUAGAUCAGAGAUUAUAGUAUUUCUUUCUUUUCUUCAAUAAAUAUCAGAAAUCAUGUGAGUCUUGUAGUAAUUUGAGAAAUUUGAUGAGCGAUUCAAGUUUACUGGUUUUUAUAGCCAGAAGUCUGGUUGAAUAUAGUUCAAAGGUUGAAUCAUUAUAUCACAGCAUAUUGGAUAAUUUUUAGCCACUUUGUUUCUGAUCGUAUUAUUUUUCUUCUAAAAUUUUGAAUACUUUCAGAGAAUUUCCUAUUCAUAAAACCACAAAACCUUCAUAAUUUCAAAAUCCUACUAUACUUUAUAUCAUUUUUCUGCUUUCAAAACAUCGUCUUUGAUGAUUCAGCCUCCAAGAAUCCAGAAAAUCAGAAAACAAAAAAUUUCAAAACCCAACCAGUUGUUUUCAACAUAUACCCCAACACAACAAAAAGAAACGUUCAUAUGACACAGAUCACACUGACAGGUGUCAUAGUUUCCCUUUCAAAAAAUAUAACACAACAAUAACAAAAAGUUUCAAAAAAUCACUCUUUAACCAUGUAGUUCAAAAAAAAACAAAAAUCUGAUGUCAUUUAUCCCAUGUUUUCUGUUUGUGUCAAUACACCCCUCCUCAUUAUGUACACGAGAAAAAAAAACAAACAAAAUGACGUUCCGUUAGAAUACAAAAUUCGUAAUUCACAUUUUUUGUCGAGAAGAAUUUGGAAAACAAAAUACCUGACAAAAAAUACAAAUUACAAAAUUUUUCAGUGGCUGCUCAAGCGACUUUGAAAAAUGGAGCAACUUCGGAGAGUUUGAAAGGUUUGGAAAAAUCGCUGACCAAUAAUACUGAACCACGGAGAACUAAAAGGUAAGUUUUCGAGGGAAAAAAUAUGCUUUCAGUUUUCACAUAGGUAAACCUUAUUAAGGGGACCUUUCAAUUUGUUUGAACCGUUUUUGUAUUUUCGAAAUUGUUUGAUCAGUUUUCAAAAGUGUUCAUUUUCAAACGCCGUAUUUGUACAAAAUAUUCUCUGUUUUUUUUUAUUUUUUUUUUGAAAAUCUAGAUGAGUCUUUUAAUAUCUCUUCAGAAAACAAAGAAUUCAAGAAUUGAAAAGGUUCCCUUAACUCCCUAUCCUGAAUUCUACCCAAUUCCAAGAAAUUUUGUUACAGAAACCCUUUAUUGAGAGCCAAAACAGUGUAGGUUUUUAUGUCAGUCUCUCAUUUCUCUUUCUUUAUACUUUGUUGUUUAAAACAAAUACCAUAACAUCAUUGCGGGCAGCUCGCCAAAACUCCGCCCCACAGUGUUUUUUCUUCUUUCUUCUUCUUUUUCUAUCUUUCUCUCUUGUUCUUUCCAUACUAUCCUUGCUGCUAGCUGCUGCUUGUCCCCUCCUACCAACCCCUCGUCUAUUUGAACCACGAGAUUUUUCAACAAAUUUCAAAUUCUCAAAUUUCCAAUUUUCCUGAUCUAACUUUCGAGCGAGCUUUUCUAAAAAAUGUGGAAAGACUGCAAAGCUGUUGAAUGCAAUCAUGUGCCUAUGUACUCUCCCCAUUAUGGAAUAUUAUCGCGAGGCUGCUCGCCGAGCACAUCAUCUAGUAGAGGUUCAAGUUACAGCGUUGCCGCAAGUCCACCUGUUCCUCAUCAUAAUUCCUUGAAUAUUGAUAGUAAAAUCGAACAAGCUAUGGUGAGUUUUUAAAGAAAUUUCGAACAAAUUCAAGAUUUCAUUUUUUCAGGAUUUGGUAAAAACUCAUCUUAUGUUUGCUGUUCGUGAAGAAGUUGAUGGAUUAAGAAGUAAAAUUUACGAUCUAGAAAAUCACGUAAGUAGUUUUUCGCAAAUAUUAAUGACCCCAAAUAAUUGGUUAUUUAUAGGUUCAUCGCCUUGAAUCGGAAAAUGCAAUUCUUCGUCGUACGAUCCCCAACGAAAUUCUGCAGAAAAUCCACAUGAAGCUGUAA